UCGCUCAUUCAUCAGUCUCUGUCUUCUCCGUGAGCUUUAGCGCUCAGCCGACCUCCCCCACAUGUCGACAGCCCAUGACCUAGGCUCAUCAUACGCGGGCAUCUCAACCGCCUCCAUACGGCCCACUGCAUCACCCGCUCCCUCAGACAGCAAGAGCGGGAAUGCUGAGGAACCCCGCGCGCAGUUGGCCAUCAUCUCAUAUCCCCCUGACGACGAGCUGUCCGACUACGAUGCCGAGCGCGGUACACUCCUCCCGCCUGCGGACUUGGACCGACCGCCGUGGGCAAACGCCCUCGACCGCGUCCAGCACAAGCUUAUGUCGCGCCCACGAGUUCGUCGUGUCGUUGAUGCCAUCAACUGGGUCUUGGGCCCGACCGAGCGAAGACCGCCCCCGCCUCCAACAGGGCUAGCUCUGACAUGUGCAUGUACGGGGGGGAGACGGCGGCUCGCCGCUCCGCUGGAUCCGAUUGCUGUACACGCGUCCAAACGCGGCAAGUUGCCACACUUCUACCUCCUCUACCUCGCGCUCUGGGCAGCAGGCUUCAUCCUGCUCAUACGCGCGGCAUACUACCAACCAGGUAGUCCGCCGUCCGUAAGCUGCACUGCCGGGCCGUGGGAUGACUGGCCGCCCGACACCUGCGGGCUAGACAUGACCGAGUGCGCAGCCAAGCUCGAGGAAGGCACAUACCGGUGUCCGGGAGGAUGUCAGCUGGUCAAGUUGGGGAACCCCAGAUGGGUAGGGGGUGAGAAGGUGAACAAGAGGCCAUUAAUUAUCGGAGAUGGUGUAUAUCGCGCCGACUCGUGGGUUUGCGCGGCCGGCCUACACUCGGGCAUCAUCAGCCACACCUACGGCGGGUGUCUGCGUGUCAAACCCAUUCCCUACCCAACAGGCAGCUCAAACUUCACGGGAUCCAGCGUAAACGGGCUCACCUCGGCAGCCUUUGGUCCCCAUUUCCCCGGCGCGUUCACGGUGGAAGCCACUGGCUCGUGGAGCGACUGCAUGGACUACCACUGGCCCAUCUCAGCAUACAACGUCGUCGCCCUGUUCGCGUUCACGGCGCUGUUUGCGCCCCGUCCCGGCGUCCUACUCACCACAAUCCUUGUGAUGGGAUACGCGCACGUCGUGCUCGUGUCCAAUCCGCCCACACGGCCGCCCCUCUGGAGUCGCGUAUUUCAGGGCGUGCCGGCCACCCUCCUGGCGGGCUUCUGGGCAUGGCACGUGUCCUUCCGCCGCUCCCUAACUGGCUUCUAUACGGCGCAGCUGCCCGUCGAGGUCGCGCUGUGGCAAGGCGCCGGGCUCUGGAUUGGGCUGGAGAGCAGCACGCUGUUCUCGCGCAUCCCCAUAUCUCGCCUCGGGUACGGGAGUCUGGGUGCCGACGGUGUGAUUGCCCUUGUUGCUAUUAUCCUAAUUGUGGGAGCCGUGGUGCUUAUUCAAGCCGCAUUGUUCCGUCGCCUCGGACUGGUGCGGUACUACCUCGCCCGCUACCUUCCGCUGGUGCCCAUCCUCGUCGUCCUCGCGAACCUGGGCCACAACUACUAUCUCCGCCUGCAUCACUAUCUCCUAGCGCUGGCGGGGUUGCCUGUCAUGUCGCUCCCCAACCGCAUAUCGUUGUUUGGAGCUGCUUUCUGCCUCGGCUUCUUCCUCGACGGCUCAGGACGCUGGGGGUGGGCCAGCAUCGUCGAGGGCGGCUGGAGCUUGCUUGGCGAUGCGGCGAGCGGUAGCGCCAUGCCCAACGUCACCAGCGUAGCUGGGCCGAGCGGAUAUAUAUCCUGGCCAGCGAUCAACGCCACUCUCGUGGCGCAGGGAAUACGCAGCGUCGCGAUCCUGUUUGACGACGUUCUCGUGCGGUCCAACUUUACCGGCACCAACUUCUCCAUUGCGGAUGGCACCAAAGACCGCUCUGUUGAUCACUACUUCCGCAUGGCGUAUAUCGCUAACGGCACAAGCCUCGACUACACCGAUCCACUGACAUGGCAUGCGUCUAAUGAGUCAUGGUCGCGUGUCCAGUUCAGCUGAGCAAAUUAGACACAUCGCUUGAUCUGUUGUAUGAUCCUCACAGACCACCUAGAAAUGUACACCUCAUGCAAUAUUACACAUGUACAGUACAACACCAUGCUACAGUCUAAGCG